GCUAAGGUUCGGACGUGUCUUGCACAUAUGCAUCGUAUUGCAUUGCAAGAAACAAGGAUUUAAGUAAUAUCUUUCAUACAAAAUAAUAGAAAGGAAAAAAAGGACGACCGUCUCGUCAUCGGGUGUCUUUCCUUUUGAAAUAAAAUAUUAAAUAUUUGGUCCAAAACCCAAAAAAGAUAUUUUCACCUAUGUUGACUUAAGUCCUUUCUUUUAUCAAAAGGAUUUUCAAAAAAGAUAUUGAGAUAGAUUCUUUCGAAACAAAAGAAUUCAGUUGAAGUGGAAAAAACUAAUGUAUUCCUUGUGGAAGUGAAAAGAAAGAUUUAAAAAAUAAUAAUUAAAGGAAAAAUGGCUACGGAAAUAAUAUUCAAAAUCGGCUAUGCCAUUCUUUUAGUCUCGAUAACCUUAAUGAUUUGGGCUUCUCUGACCAGAGCAGCUUUUAUUCGUGAAAUGGAGGAAAUGCAUUAUCCACCCUGCACGUACAAUCCCUUGUGCACAUGCUCAAAAUCAUCAACAGACUUAGGAAUAGUCUAUUGUCGAAAUGUACCGCUACCAGCUUUGCCGAAAAUGGUUAAUCAAUCUAAGGUUUUCAUGCUUCAUAUGGAAAACACUGGAUUACGAGAGGUUGAACCAUAUUUUUUGCAAUCCACAGGAAUGUACCGAUUGAAAAUAUCUGGGAACCAUUUAACCGAAAUACCCGAUGACGCUUUCACUGGCCUCGAAAGAUCUCUCUGGGAAUUGAUAUUGCCCCAAAACGACUUGGUUGAAAUACCCUCAAAGUCUUUUCGUCAUUUACAAAAACUUCGACACCUUGACUUGGGCUACAAUCACAUAACACACAUUCAUCACGACUCCUUUCGAGGACUUGAAGAUUCCCUACAAUCUCUCAUUCUAAAGGACAAUUGUAUUUCGAUGUUGCAAUCGCACAGUUUUUCAGGUCUUCUGAUUCUGGAGACUCUCGACUUGAGUGGAAAUAAUCUCUACGAAAUCGAUCCGAGUGUCUUUCGAGAUGGCAUGCCAAGAUUGAUGAAGCUGCUCUUGACUGAUAAUAUUUUCUCUGAAAUCCCAUACGAUGCCUUGGCUCCGUUGAAAAGUCUCAAGACACUUGAUAUGUCACAUAAUGUUAUUUGGUCAAUGUGCGGCAAUGAAACUUAUGGCACCAAAUCCUCGGCGAAGCUUAAUUUAGAUAGUCUGCAUUUGGAGUACAACCAUAUUGACAUAUUGCGUCCGAACUCGUUUCAGAAUUAUGACACCGUUAAUCGAACGUUCUUUGAUGGCAAUCCCAUUCAUACUUUGAAGGAAGAUGCAUUCAAGCCAGCCAAGAUCCGAGAAAUUUACAUGAGGUAUUGUGGUCUGACGGACAUUUCUCCAGUGGCGUUUGACAGUUUGGUAAAUACCCUUCAAAUUUUGGAUCUUUCGGGAAACAACCUUACAGACUUGCCAAACAAACUAUUCAACAACUUUGAUGUCUUGAGGGUUAUAAGCAUGCGUGACAAUAAAGUGAAGCUCCAAGCACCAGCGGAAAUGUUCAACGCCAUCCAGUACACACUUUUGAAAUUAGAUUUGAGUGGGGACAAGAAUGAUCCAACCAAUUUGCAAGCUCUGCGCAAUAUGACCAGAAUGAGAAACAUGAGAUCAUUGUCCAUAUCUCGAAUGAGCGGCCAAUCCCUGGGCCCCGAUGACUUUAUGGACUUUGGUGUUGAACUGGAAGAUUUGCAGAUAACAAGGGGAGGCCUUCAAACUGUCCAAUCGCAUGCUUUCAAACAUGUCCGAGGAUUGAAGCGGUUGGAUUUUAGUGAGAAUAGCAUUGGAACAAUUGAGAAUGAAGCAUUUACUGAGAUUGGACACUCUUUGAUAUCUUUUAAGAUCUCUCAUGGGUAUUCUGGAAGUUCGUUGCCAGCAGAAGCUCUGAGGCACUUGACAUCCCUGCAGGAGCUUGACUUCAGCAACAACAAGAUAACAAGCAUGACCGAUACAAGUUUUCAUUUUUUGAAAAAUCUACGUUUGCUUGAGUUGCACGAUAAUCGUAUUGAACAAGUCAUGAAGGGCACAUUUCAGGGAGAUAUUCAUUCGAAAUUGGAAGAGAUAUCGCUGCGGUUUAAUCAUUUAGGAAGUAUAUCUCAACACACGUUCUUCGACUUAGAGGCACUUCGAGAACUUUAUUUGGAUGAUAAUAAAAUUGAGAAAAUUGAAAGGAGAGCUUUUAUGAAUUUAGAUGAGUUAGAGCAUCUUAGCUUGAGGGGAAACAAACUUAACAAUCUAGCUGAGGAAUCAUUUCAAAAUCUACCAAAACUGGAAGUAUUGGAUAUGGCAUUCAAUUCGCUUCCCAAUUUCAACUUCGAUUACUUCGAUCAGGUUGGCACUCUGUCAAAUUUAAAUGUUAACGUCAGCCAUAACAUGAUAAAAAUGUUAAUGUAUAAUUCAUCCUGGGUGACGCGGUCCGAACAUGGAUCGGUUUACCAUUCGAAUAUUAAAAUUCUCGAUUUAUCACACAACAACAUAUCACUUAUUCAUCCUGGAUAUUUCAGGCCAGCGGAAAUAUCCUUGACCCAUUUGCAUUUGGGCUACAAUUCUCUUAUGAAUGCAACAAGAGACAUUUUUGGUAACAUGCCACAUCUGCACUGGCUGGAUAUAUCGCACAACUUAAUUCGGGAAGUUGACUUUGACGCCUUCAAGAACACAAAGAAACUUCAGGUUUUGUAUCUAUCACACAACAGGUUGGCCGACAUGCCACAGGAUAUGUUUAAGCCCAUUUAUGCUUUAAGGGUGAUGGACUUGUCAUAUAAUCAUUUGCGGUCGCUGCCAGAUAAUAUCUUUUACAAUGGAGGAAUGGAGAAAUUGGACGUAUCACACAAUCAACUGCUAAAAAUACCAUCAUCGUCUUUAUCCAGUUUGGCAGCCCUCACUUUAUGUGAGCUUCAUUUAUCCAAUAACUACAUUGCCACAAUUCACAGCAUGGAUUUGUCAAAUAAAUUUAGGUCUCUUAGAUACCUGGACAUUUCAUAUAACUAUCUUCUUCGAAUCGACGAUGCAGUAUUUGCAACAAUGCCAAGACUUGCAGUCCUUGAUCUUUCACAUAAUCGUGAUUUGAAAGUUAUGGACAAAUCGUUUAUGGGCUUGGAAAAUUCCCUAAUAAAACUUGGCUUAGAGAAUGUAUCUCUAAGUAUGGUUCCGGAAAUUCGUCUAAAACACUUGCGAGAAUUCCGUUUAGGCUACAAUAAUCUGCCAUCAAUUCCACAAGAACUUGCACACAAUAUGACGAAUCUAAGAAUGUUAGAUCUAUCGAAUAACGAUUUGACGAAUGUACCAUUAAUGACACAAUCUCUGCCACAUUUGAGAACUUUAAAACUCUCAGGAAAUCCUAUAACAUCGCUAAACAAUAACAGCUUCGAUGGAGUUAAUGAAGAUUUGGAAAUGUUAGAUAUUUCGAACUUUAGACUUCACUAUUUUGAGUAUGGUUCAUUGGAAAACCUGCCACACUUAAGGUGUUUGAAAAUAACAGCUUAUUCACAUUUGAAAGAGUUCAAUAUUCCGUCAUUGUUGGAACACCAUCAUAACAUUCGAGAGCUCUGGAUAGAAGCACCUCAACCGUUUAUGCGAAUAAUCCCUCAAAGUCAGGGCCAAGAGCCGAAAGUCGUUCAAAUGGGCUCUCCCACAGACUUAAUGAAGGAGAUGUCCGGACAUUUGCCAUCAAAACUGAAAAACAUCACAUUUAGCGGACCACAAUUUUCAGCAUUGGGAGAAACAAUAUUAAAGGGAAUGCGAUCACCGUACAUUUAUAUUCAACUCUUUAACACAUCACUGCCAGGCUUUCCACCUAAUUUCUUCAAAUACAUGGGCCGCGUUCGAAACGUUUCUUUAGACAUUCGAUACCAUAAUCUUAUGCUGAAACAGAUUCCGAAUCCAAAUACUGGAUCUGUUCCAUAUCUACCGAACAGCGUUUUCCUAACGGACUUGAAAAUGUCAGGAGCUGAUUUGAACUGUGAUUGUAGUUUAGGUUGGGUUGAGUUUUGGCAACGAAAACGAAGACAAUACAUUUGCUCUUCUCAAAUAUGGACAGACACAGUGUUCCGAACAUUUAUGAACUCGCCUUGUCAAAUUUAUGGACGACACAAUUGUGAUGAUCACGAUGACGAUCUUAGAGAAACAAAAUGUGCAAAUAAGAACUCGGCGCAAUUGAUGGAGAUACUAAAAUCUGAACUUGAAUGCGGUUGGGAUUCAGGGAACCGUCUGGAAACAGUGAUGGUUGUAAUAACCCUUUGUCUCGCUUUAGUUCUUUGGAUAUGAUUUCUAAAAUUUGUGUAUGACACUUCUAAGGAAUUUUAUGAAAUUAUAGGAGAAGUUUAUGGAAAAGAAUGUAUUUAAACUUAAAAGAAAACAAAAACACUCCAGUAGUUAGAAUAAAAUUAACAAGAAUUUGAUUCGGCCAAAAAAACAAUUCGGUGUCCUACAUAUUCGGAUAAAACAAAUGAAAAAUAACAAAAUUCAAAAUUUUAAAUCUUAAAAUUACUUUUUAUAACAAAAUCUCUGCCAGUUCUAAUGAAUUAAUUUAAAUCCACUUAAAUGCCAUUUUAGUUAAAUAAGGUUUAAUAUUAAGUUUAAAAAAUAUAUAUAAAACCUUUCAAGGGACUGCUAUUCAUUAAAAACAAAAAACAUAAGAAAUCACGUCAUCAUAAACGAAAGCUCUUUUUUAGUAGGUAUAUUUUUAAGAAUAGCAUUAAAGUUUUAAGGUUAACAACUUUUUUCACUGUUCAAUAGAUAAAACUCAAAACUCAAGAAAAUAAAAACUCUUUUUUGAAAAAUAAGUAAAUAUAAAUGAAAACUAAAAGUUAAUUGCUUAAAGUGUAAUUACUGCUAGUUUUUAAGUUUAUGUAUAAAAUCAAAUAAACAG